AGUUCCACCUCUGUCAUCUCGCGAGAGUUUUGUUUUCCUCCAACCUGUCUCGGACCUGAGUGCGACGUCGGGAGCUUUGGCCCCAGCGGUUUGAUGAUUUUCUGUCAGUCUUAAGGUUCCAAACAAGCCGCGUGUUUUCCCUUCGGCCAUUGAGAUCUCGCGAGAUUUACCGGGCUGCCCUGAGCCGCGCCUGCGCAGACCUCUUCAAAGCCGAAGGUCGCUCUUGGAGGAAGUGGCCUCUUUGCGUCCCGUAACCGGAGCGCCGUUACUACUUUCUCGAAGCUCCUCUCGGCCGCUUGCCGGGACACUCCGCCGCCAAGAUGCCUCGGAUUAUGAUCAAAGGAGGAGUCUGGAGGAAUACCGAGGAUGAAAUUUUGAAAGCAGCGGUAAUGAAAUAUGGGAAAAACCAGUGGUCUAGGAUUGCCUCGUUGCUGCAUAGGAAAUCAGCAAAGCAGUGCAAAGCCAGAUGGUAUGAAUGGCUGGACCCAAGUAUUAAAAAAACUGAAUGGUCUAGAGAAGAGGAGGAAAAACUCCUGCACUUGGCCAAGCUGAUGCCAACGCAGUGGCGGACCAUCGCGCCCAUUAUUGGAAGAACAGCAGCCCAGUGCUUGGAACACUAUGAGUUCCUCCUGGACAAAACUGCCCAAAGGGACAAUGAAGAAGAAACAAUAGAUGACCCCCGGAAACUAAAACCUGGAGAGAUCGAUCCAAAUCCAGAAACAAAACCAGCUCGGCCUGAUCCGAUUGACAUGGAUGAGGAUGAACUUGAGAUGCUUUCCGAGGCUCGAGCCCGCCUAGCUAAUACUCAAGGAAAGAAGGCUAAGAGGAAAGCAAGAGAGAAGCAGCUGGAAGAAGCAAGGCGCCUUGCUGCCCUCCAGAAAAGACGAGAGCUUCGAGCAGCUGGCAUAGAAAUUCAGAAGAAAAGGAAAAAGAAGAGAGGAGUUGAUUAUAAUGCUGAAAUUCCUUUCGAAAAAAAGCCUGCUCUUGGUUUUUAUGAUACUUCUGAGGAGAAUUACCAGGCCCUUGAUGCAGAUUUCAGAAAAUUACGGCAGCAGGAUCUCGAUGGGGAACUAAGAUCUGAAAAAGAAGGAAGAGAUAGAAAAAAAGACAAACAGCAUUUAAAAAGAAAAAAAGAAUCUGAUUUGCCAUCAGCUAUUCUUCAAACUAGUGGUGUCUCUGAAUUUACUAAAAAGAGAAGCAAGUUGGUGCUACCUGCCCCUCAGAUUUCAGAUGCAGAACUCCAGGAAGUUGUCAAGGUAGGUCAGGCCAGUGAAGUUGCUCGGCAGACUGCAGAGGAGUCUGGAAUCACAAACUCUGCUUCCAGCACUCUCCUGUCUGAGUACAAUGUCACCAACAACAGCAUCACUCUGAGAACACCACGGACACCGGCCUCCCAAGACAGAAUUCUGCAGGAAGCUCAGAACCUCAUGGCCUUGACCAAUGUGGACACUCCAUUGAAAGGUGGGCUUAAUACCCCACUGCACGAGAGUGACUUCUCUGGUGUGACCCCACAGCGGCAAGUUGUGCAGACUCCAAACACGGUUCUGUCUACCCCUUUCAGGACUCCUUCUAAUGGAGCUGAAGGGCUGACUCCCCGAAGUGGAACAACCCCCAAACCAGUCACUAAUGCCACCCCAGGUAGAACUCCACUUAGAGACAAGUUAAACAUUAAUCCCGAAGAUGGAAUGGCAGACUACAGUGAUCCCUCUUAUGUGAAGCAGAUGGAAAGAGAAUCUCGUGAACAUCUCCGUCUAGGGUUGUUGGGCCUCCCUGCGCCUAAGAAUGAUUUUGAAAUUGUACUACCAGAAAAUGCUGAGAAAGAGUUGGAAGAACGUGAAAUAGAUGAUACUUACAUUGAAGAUGCUGCUGAUGUGGAUGCCCGAAAGCAGGCCUUACGAGAUGCUGAGCGUGUGAAGGAAAUGAAGCGAAUGCACAAAGCUGUUCAGAAGGAUCUACCAAGGCCAUCUGAAGUAAAUGAAACUAUUUUAAGACCUUUAAAUGUAGAACCACCUCUAACAGAUUUACAGAAAAGCGAAGAAUUGAUCAAAAAAGAAAUGAUUACUAUGCUUCAUUAUGAUCUUCUACAUCACCCCUAUGAACCAUCUGGGAAUAAAAAAGGAAAAACUGCUGGAUUUGCUACCAACAAUUCUGAGCACAUUACCUAUCUUGAGCAUAGCCCUUAUGAAAAGUUCUCCAAAGAAGAACUGAAAAAGGCCCAGGAUGUUCUGGUACAAGAGAUGGAAGUGGUAAAACAAGGAAUGAGCCAUGGAGAACUCUCCAGUGAAGCUUACAACCAGGUGUGGGAAGAAUGCUACAGUCAAGUCCUGUAUCUUCCUGGUCAGAGUCGCUACACAAGGGCUAAUCUUGCUAGCAAAAAGGACAGAAUAGAAUCUCUUGAAAAGAGACUAGAGAUAAACAGAGGUCAUAUGACAACAGAAGCCAAGAGAGCUGCAAAGAUGGAAAAGAAGAUGAAAAUUCUGCUUGGCGGUUACCAGUCUCGUGCUAUGGGGCUCAUGAAACAGUUGAAUGACUUAUGGGACCAGAUUGAACAGGCUCACUUGGAGCUGCGCACUUUCGAAGAACUCAAGAAACAUGAAGACUCUGCCAUUCCCCGGAGGCUAGAGUGUCUAAAAGAAGACGUGCAGCGGCAACAAGAACGAGAGAAAGAGCUUCAGCAGAGAUACGCAGAUUUGAUGAUGGAGAAAGAGACUUUACAGGCAAAGUUCUGAAGCACAGCGGAUGCUCUGCCGCAGAAGAACUAGUUGCUGGUUUUAUACUCUACAAGCCUGAAACUUUUCUCUUCAUUGACAAAUUUACCCAGCACCUGUGGUUUCUCAGUUGUUUGUUUUGAAUGAUACCGAUCUUGCGCGUUCCGUGUUACAGACUUGGACUCCAGGAUAAUGAGGGUUUAAAUUAUCCAGAUGCUCAUUCUUUGCCAGUGUCAUAUUUGCAAAAUUUCGUAGUUUAGGCCUUUAAUUUAAAAAGCCUGACUUUAAAUACUGCCUGUGAGUAAACCCUUGAAUAAAAAGAACAUGUGAAAAACUGA